CGUCCGGGAGUGCUGCGGGAAUGGAGGAACGGGAGCGGCUGUGCCGGGAGAUCCGAGUGCUCCAAGGUCUCAUAAACAGCCACAGGAACAUUCACGGGAAUGUCCCACGCCCGGCGCCAUCGGCUCCUCCGAGGUGGAACAACCCCUGCCAGCCUGGAUACACCAGGAGAGGAGCCUUUUCCACCAGGUACCCCCAGCAGGCUCCCAGGAAUUUCCACCCACGCCAAGCUCACUCCUGGAGGAAAAAAUACUGCCUGGACAACCGGCUGCCGGGAUCGGGGUAUGAGGCUGGAAGCGCUUCCAGCACUUCCCAGGGUUUUGGGAGCCUUGGGGACAGCCAGGCUCCUGAGGCACCGGAAUCAUCCCCGGAGAGGCACGUGGACUUCACCAUGGAUGGGAACAUCGUUGUGGAUAUCCAGGUGCCACAGAGGGCUGGCCAGGAAAAUGUGGGUCCUUACGGAGAGUUUUCCAGGCGGGAAGUGGCGGUGGCUCCUUCGGCGGAUGGAAACAUCCAGAAAUCUCUUCUCCAGGAGGAAGAGAGAAGACCUUCCCUCUCCAUUUCCUUCAGUUCCACCUCGAGGACUGUGUGCCUGCCUGGAAGCGGGGCUGGGAGCUCCUUUUCCACCUCUGGAAGCACCAGUGAAAGUGCCGUGGCGCUGAAGUCAGAGCCACAAAAACCUCUGGAAUUUCCAGGUCAGGAGCCAGCCCAGCACUCGCUACGGAUCAAGGCAGAACCACUCUCUCCAGGGCAGCCAAGUGGUGAGGAAGUCCAGGAUGCUUCCCUACAUCCCAAACUCUUUGGGAAUGCUGAAACGCUCUCUCGACCUGCUCAGGCUGGGGUGACUCUGGUGAAGAGCAGAUUUCCCGUAAUUCCCAAAGCUCCUGCUCUCCAAAAAGCUGCCUCAGCACCCAUCUCCAGCAAAUCUCAGAAAUUCAGGAAAAACAACUACACCUGGGUGGCAAACCCUGGGAAAAGCUCCCGGAUUGUGAAGAGGUGGGCGAGCCCUCGAGCCGAAAAUUCCAAGAAGGGCGUUGUGGGAGUGGACAAAGGUGCCAAAAUCUCCCCCAAAGCGGAUUUGGGAGCCAAGAUAAAGAAAUUGGGAUUGCAGUCCAAGCUGGGGGUUUCUCCCAGUAAAUAUAAGUGGAAAGCCUCCAGCCUGCAGACUUUGCCUUCCACUUCCAAGUCAGCAUUCCAGUGGAGAUCCGAGGACCAGAAGGAAGCUCCAGCCCCAAAUGUCCCUCGAACCGUCUCCGUCCCAGCGGCUCCGAGCGUGGCGUCCGUUGUUCCCGGUGGGAUGAAAUCCUUUGGAGAGGCUGCACUGUCCAGCUACAAAGUGAAGAGUCGGACAAAAAUCAUCAAGAGGAAGGGGAAUGUGGGUUCCUCCACGGAUAAGAAGACCAUCUCCCCCACCACAGCUCUCAAGAGCCGCUUCCACCUCCGGAGGAGGAAUUCCACGAAGGGAAAACCCUCGGUGACGGCGAAGCGCUCCUCGCCCCGGGGCCUCGUGCAGAUUUCCAAGCACCGCCUCUGCCGGAUGCCGGCGACCAGGACACAGGCAGCCACCAAGGAAGGAUCCAACUUCCACUUUGUAAGGAGCCCCCCAGCCAACAAGGUGAUAAAGACGCGCUACAGGAUCGUGAAGAAGAACGUGGUGCCUCCAGCCUUAUCAUCCUUCACCAGCCCUAUUCCCACCUGGAAAACCAGGCGUCCCAUUACAUCCAGAUCCCCAUUGUUAAACCAGACCCGACCCUUACUCCAAGGUGGCAAAUCCCAGCUCGUCCAACAGCGCUGGAGGAGCAAAGGCUUCCGCUGCAUCGGCGGCGUCAUGUACCGGGUGUCAGCCAACAAACUCUCCAAAACCUCCAGCAGCCCUGUCCGGGCCAGGGACCUGGGCACCAGAACUCCCAUCAGAGCAGCACUGAGAUUGCACUCCACACCCAGUCCUGGGCUCUUUCCACCCAGCCUGAGCAGAUCUUCAACGUGCCGAUACAUUGCCAGCCGUGCUGUGCAGAGGAGCUUGGCCAUCAUCCGUCAAGCCAAGCAGAAGAAGAAAAAGAAGGAAUAUUGUAUGUACUACAACCGCUUCGGGAAGUGCAAUCGGGGCGACAGCUGUCCCUACAUCCACGAUCCAGAGAAAGUGGCCGUCUGCACCAGGUUUCUCCGUGGCACGUGCAAGAAGACUGAUGGGACCUGUCCAUUUUCCCACAAGGUGUCCAAGGACAAGAUGCCGGUGUGUUCCUACUACCUGAAGGGGAUCUGCAGCAACAGCAAUUGCCCCUAUAGCCACGUCUACGUGUCCAGGAAGGCAGAAGUCUGCCAGGAUUUCCUCAAAGGAUAUUGUCCCAUGGGAGAAAAGUGCAAGAAGAAGCACACGCUGGUUUGUCCCGACUUUGCCAAGAAGGGGGUCUGCCCCAAGGGUGCCCGGUGCAAACUCCUGCACCCCCAGAAGAGACGUCGUCCACAGCAGGUUGGAGGUGAUGGAGACCACAACAACCCCCCUUCCAAGUGGAGACGGAUCCAGGAGGCAUCAGGCAGGAAUGAUCCAGCUCAGCUCCAGGAUGACGGGGAAAUUCCUGGACCCUCCAGUGCAGACCAAGAGGUGAAGUUUUGGAAAGAGGAGGAGCCCAAGCCAAGCAGCUGCCUGCAGAAGCUGCCAUCCUUCAUCUCCCUCCGUUCCCCGGAAUCUCCCGGUUCCCUGGGCUGCAAAGAGGAGAGGGAUGAGGACGAGCCAGAGGAUGAACCAGGCAACACCAAAAGGAGGAGAAUGUUCCCCAGGGCAUUCCUGCAGGAUUCCGAGAACUCCCUUGUGGGUGGCAGAGGAAAACGGCUGCAGAUCAAGCCCCGGCUGUGAGUUCCAUCCCAACCCUGUGGCAGCCGACCAGCUCAGGAACUGGAGAGCCAGGGAACAAACCUGGCACCUACCUCAGGAUGCCAUGUCCAGACGUGGCAUCCCCCUCCUCCUCCUCCUCCUCCUGCUUUUCCGGGAUGUCACUGGGACACGGAGCCGUGCGGCAGCGUGGGAAUGCGCCGCUCGUUCCUGCGGGGGACCAGCUUUGUUUGGAAUCUUUGAAUUGACCAAUAAAUGACCUUUUCAGAUGGUUUA